AUGCAGGACGUCGUGCUCCCUGAUUCUGGACCGAAGGAUUUUUGGGACCAGACGAUUCCGGCCGGGCAGGGCGCUGAAAACGGCUCAAAAGAGCAGGAUGGCUUCGUGGUUUUCGCCGCGCCUAACGAUUCUCAAGGGCCACCUGGUGCUCAAAAUAGCCCGGAAGGACAGGAUACUUCGGGGAACUUUUCGUGUCGCGCCGAGCAAGACGACGUCGAAUACGGGUCUGAAGCGUCAGGCGAUAGUUCGACUUUUGAUCGUGAUGGACAUGUGGCGGUUGCGGGACCGAAUGAGGAACCGAUGGUAAUGCUGGAUCAACACCAGCAAAGGGGCGGUUAUGGAGAACGUGAAUAUGCACAUCAGGAAACGAGAAACGCGCCGCCCGUACCUGCCCAUGGAGCUUCGAGUAGCGGCCAACAUUUGGCAUCGUCAACGGCCAACAACAUUGCUGCACCGCUGGUCCUUGUCAGCUUCCCAGACGGAAAAAUCAAGUUUCAUGAGGACGUCGCGAUGCGCACUUUUGCCAGUCCGGCGUAUAGAGGCAAAAAGCAUCUUAUCUUCUACAUCGACACCCAAGGAACUUUCGAUCUCGAGACCGAGCGCAGCACCUCGCUUUGGAUAGCUGGGUUCAGCUUUUUGCUCGCCGAUAUUCAGAUCGUCAACCUACGCUCAAACAUUGGUGGUGAUAACCUGCACGAUAUCCAUACCUUUACGGAGGUUGCAGCGGCCUGUUCGACCAAAAGGAGUGUGGAAAUUAGUCAAGGCGAUAUGACCCUGAUCAGCCAACUCAACAAAGUCAUCGAAGCUGUGAAAGCUGAAUGCAAAAAGAGCUAUCACGAAAAUGGGGAAAUGCUAGUGGAUACCUGCAAUAAAAUUGUAAGCUUCCUGGAAAAAGAUGCGCCGACACUAACAACAUCAGUGGAGGUGAUCAAAGAAGCAAACAUUACGGUGACGGUGAAUCGAGCUUUUGAAAUGUUCCAGGCGUCGUUGAAGGGCGUAACGCUCGAUCAUUUUGACGAUGCCGUAUUUACCGGAAAGAAAAACGCCGAUCGGAAAUUGAAAGAAUCGCUCCCGACAAAGCUUUUGGAAGAAGCUAAGAAGGGGCUGGCUGAGAAGGUUGAGCCUGCCAUAAAGGCCAAGCGAGAAGAACUUCUGAAGAUUGAGUCCGAGAAGCAGGCGCUCGGGAAACUAGACGACAUCGUGCUGGAGUGGAGGAAGAAGAUACAAAUGAUCAAUAAAUACGAAGAGGCCGUUGAGCUUCAGGAAUCCACGGAAAUUUCUGAGAGUUUCGCGAGGAAUUUUCCUAAUGUGGGCUGCAAGGAUCAGGUUUCGCUGCUAAAGAACACCCUGGAAACGAGGAUUGCCAAUUUACGAGGCCAAUACCUUCGUCAAAAAUUGGAUGAGACCGAGCGACAGUUCCGGGACUUCAUGAUGAACCAAGAAGCGAUUAGGGCCCUGCAAAAAAUGCACGCGAACCUGCUCGAGUCGGCAAAAGAUGAUGGCAAGAAAUAUUGUGAAGAACGCGGUGUUUCUGCGCUAAAUGAAAUCGCCACAGAAUGCCUAGAGCGGCUCCAAAAAAAUAGAGCAGCCGAGGAAGCGCUAAAGCGAGCAGAGGAAAAACUGAAUGAAGCGGUGAAAUUUGAGCGCUAUGAUACAGGGAAUUCCGUCUUCGAAUCGUCGCAGGUUCGAGCAGCAAGCUUGACAAAGUGGCAAGAAAACACGACGCAGUUGCUCAGAGACGCAGCGAACACUUCAAGCGCAACAGAAAGGAACAAAGUUGACCAAGCGCAGGGGUGCUUUCCGGUAGUAGCGCCGUCAGCGCCAAUUCGCGCAGCUGCACCGUUGCGGGCUAAUGAUUUCCAAGGAACGACAGCAUUUGGAAGAAUAUCCACAGAUUCGGUUGAUCUCGAUCCAACCGCCCUGUAUAUGCAGCCAUCAUCCGCCUUAGAGGCUACAAAAGCCAAAUUGGAAGCUGUGAGGUCCCGAGAAGUGGCUGGGAGGAAAACGCCCGAACAGCUGGCCGAGGAGAAAAGCCAGCUGAAGGAGCAACAGACGCAUGAUGAAGUGACGCGAAAAAAUGAAAGGGUUCACUUUUUUCGUCGAGGAGCUGAAGUCGCGAGCCCCAGUCAAAGUCGCUCCAGCCGGGCGGAUGAACAAAGGCUGAGCGAAGAGCUGGAAAUAAUUUUGCAAAAGCGACUUGUCCCUCGUGAAGACGUCGAUGAAUACCUAAACACAUUCGAGCAUUACAGCAGCAAUAUUUUGCGCGGAUGGCUGGAACGUGGUAUCGAUGAGCCCAAAAACGAUCAUGCCGGCAGCACGUCGACGUUACGCAAGGAAUUUGUCAUGAAGGGAUUCGAUGCUUGGUCACGUCAGAAGAAGACGCUGAACUACAAAAAGCUGAAGGCCCAUUAUCGACAUUAUCUAAGGAAGAAACUUGAGGAGCAAGUAAGGGUUGAUGCUGGAUAUGAUGUGAAUCCGGGAAUCAAAGCAACAAGAGAGAUACGGAGCCACUUCUUAAAGUCAUUGGAAAAGUACGACAUAAGCGACUGCCUUGAGCAGAACCUUAUGGAUGUCACGGUCCAAUGCUGGAUGGAACUAUUCACCAAAACAUUUGCGAACAUCGGCACUCCGGAGAGUAAGAGACAAUGUCUGCUCCACGUCCUACAAGCGCUAACUCUUCGAAUCCGAGACGCUGAUUUCGUGGAAUUCGAGCGGCAGGUGCGGGAAGAAUUCCAGCAACGCAGCACGAAAUCUGCACUGUCCUACGGAUAUUAUUUUCGCUGCGGUCCUGAUGGUGGAACCGUCGAGCCGGCAUAUGAUGCGCUUCAUUAUCAAUAUAAUCAGAAUAUCCAAAUGAGCGGUGGUCACCAGCCUCAAAUGUCCUCACAGCCCAGAGUCAGCCCUAACCCUCUCCCAGCGCAAUAUCCUCUUCCAGGAUCCUCUUCGGGAAUCGCGCAGGCGGCAAAUCACGUGGCUGAUCAUGGCAUGCCUGGCGUCCGCACGAAUGGCAUGAGCGCUGAAAGUGUACAUCAUAGCGAAGUGACGGAUCAUGUCAGAGAUCCGUCCAACCUAUUUUAUCACCCGUUC